UGUCCGGGUAAGAUGGCGUCGGAGGAGCAGUGCUCGGUACCGCCUCGAUGGCGGUCGAUAUCCCUUACUCAUGUUGAGUAUGCAGCAGGUGACCUAACAGGAGAGGUGUUGGCCUACACCAGCCUCCUUCCUAUUGCCAUUCUCGUGGGUUUUGUCACCCUCAUCGUGUUCAAGCGUGAGCUGCAUACAAUUUCUUUCUUUGGGGGACUCAUACUGAAUGAGGCAGUAAACUGGCUGUUAAAGUAUAUCCUGAGAGAGCCACGGCCCUGUGAAGGAGCUCAUGCCACCCUAAAUACAGAGUAUGGAAUGCCUUCCAGCCACUCCCAGUUCAUCUGGUUUUUUGUUGUAUACUUUUUUCUUUUUCUUUAUUUAAGAAUGCAUCAAACAAACAAUGCCAGGUGUGUGGAAUUAUUGUGGAGACAUGUACUGUCCAUCUUCUUGCUGGGUGUUGCCUUGUCUGUGUCGUAUAGCAGGGUAUACUUGCUUUAUCAUUCCUGGAGUCAAGUGAUAUAUGGAGGUGUGGCUGGGAGCAUCAUUGGAGUUGUGUGGUUUUUCAUCACCCAAGAAGUGCUGACACCACUGUUUCCCAAAAUAGCUGCAUGGCCGAUUUCUGAGUUCUUUCUGGUGCGUGACACAAGUUUGAUUCCGAACAUCCUGUGGUUUGAAUAUACAGUAACACGAGCAGAAGCUAGAAACAGACAACGAAAGCUGGGAACAAAACUUCAGUGACUUUUUCUGCCGUUUCUUCUUUGAACUGGGAAAGGACCACACACUGGAGAGGCAAUUCUGGAUACAUUUGCUCACAAAAAGGGGAACCAGUUAACAGGGUGGACCAAGGAAAGUUCUGGGACCGACCUGCAGCCUGAACAAGUUGAUUUGGCUUGUUUCUGGUGCUCAUACUGCUACACUGCUUGCAAAAAGCUCCCUGAUGCAUGCAAGAUCGUGCAGGAGGCAGACUAUUUAAUGAAAUAAUAUAUAUUUUAACCUUAAAUGCACGCAGGCAGUAAUGAAAAAGUACUGUAUGCAACUGAAUUUUCGAGCCAAGAAAAAGGAAUCUGAAAAGUGGUUUGCUGGUUUUUUCAGCAUGAAACUGAUAGGUUUUUUUUUUUUUUUUUUUUAAAUUGAGUGGGUAGGUUAUUGGGUGGGGUGGGAUAUGAUCAGUUUCUUUCAUGUAGUUGGGGAUAAUCCACUUUUAAAUAAAGUGGCUGAAAUGUAAUAUAUCAAAUUUGUACUUUGUGAAGAUUAAAAAAAAAAAAAAAAAAAUUUAAAAGGAGAAAAAACACUAGUGACCUGUGAACGAGAAAGGGAAGUUUUCCUCUGGUACCUGACUUUUGUCUGUGUAUAUCACCCCAUACAUAUAGUACUUCUAUUUGAAAAUGCAAUUAUUUCAUUCACAAAAAAAUAAAGUGAACUACACUUCAUACAUUUACCAAUUUAAAUGUUUCAGUGCAGACAGACUAUAACAAUGCUGUAUAUACAAAAAUGAGCUCAUUCAACAUCCUACCCCUGUGCUUACGGUCUGGGCAAAGCAAGUCUAAGAGGCAUUUAAAAACAUAUUUUGCAGCCAAACUAAUGUACAAUGUGAUAUCAAAGGACUCAAGACAGUUACAGUUCCUAACACCUUUGUCCUUGUAUUUUCAAAAAUCAGCAUUAUCCUAACAAAAAAAAACUUUGAGCGGGGAUGGGAGACGAUAACCUGGGUACUCUGAUAUACACUUCUUUUUAAUCACUCGUAACAGCCGUGCUUUCAGAAUCAAGGGGCAGCCGGUAGCAGAGGGGUUAGCGCUACUGCCUCUGGGUCCACCUAGGUUUGAUCCCCACUUCUGGCUGUAGUACCC